AUGGCUUGUGUGAAAACUGCAAGGUUGUGUGGAACUCGGAAGCACACUAGAUGGAAGCCGCUAGAUCGUGAUGUUUAUAAGGUGAUCUACGACGGUGCAGUUUUUUUGGAGCAAGGAAAAGCUGGACUUGGUGUAGUAAUUCGAAACUCUGAUGGUGUUGUUAUGGCUUCACUGUCGCAACUAGUCUCCCUCCCAGCAAUAGUGGCUAAGAUAGAAGCAUUGGCAGUCAGGAGAGCUGUAGAAUUCUCAUUGGAGACUGGCAUUACCAAAGCAAUCUUUGAAGGAGACUCGGACAUCAUCUACAGGGAACUUAGCAACUCUAAUUCCUCUUUGGCGCUACAUGGACAUUUGAUUUAG